AUGUUUUCCGAGGACCGAACAGCAUUUGAAAACCCGGCUGCCUUUGGAAAAGCUUCAAGCGAGGGAAUAACGGAUCGCAAUACAUUCUUGGAUAGUGAGUACGCAGCCGCAACCGUUUGUGACACGGUAGACGACGAAUCGCUUGAUCUUCUGCUGAGUCAAGAAUGGGAAUUUCAACAGAUAACCGAGAAAGAUAAUUAUGCUGAAUCAAGCACCGCUGCAACAAGCAGAAAAGUUAAAGAAAGGGGACCCUUAUUUGAUCGGCUUCCGGAAGAAUGCCUUGAUUUACGAGAUGAUACUUGUAUUGAUGCAGCCCAAAAUGAAAGAGAUAUCAAAUCCAGGUCAUGGGUAGAUAAAUAUCGACCUAAACAUUACACAGAAUUGGUCGGUGAUGAGAGUGUCAAUCGAGAUGUGUUAAAAUGGGUGAAUCAAUGGAAUUAUUGCACAUUCGGUAAAAAAAAUUUUAAUGGUGAAGUGGAUGGAAAGAAUAAACAGCAGCUGGACAAGUGGGAUCGACCCGAAAAAAAGAUUUUGAUGCUGACCGGACCACCCGGAUAUGGAAAGACCACUCUUGCACACGUCGUAGCGCGUCAUUGCGGCUACAAUGUAAUAGAAAUUAAUGCCAGCGAUGACCGGACAGGUCAAGUUAUUAAAAACAAAAUCACGAAUGCUUUGGAAUCAAAUGCUAUCAAUUGUAAAAAGAAGCCAUCUUUGAUUAUUAUUGACGAGAUAGAUGGGGUUUCCGGUGCCGGAGAAGAGAAUUUCAUCAAAUCACUUAUAGAAUUAAUUGAUGUGGAAAAACAACCAUCGCAAGACACCGGAAAAGAUGUUAAAACCAUCCAACUGAAAAAAACCCAAUCCGUUAAACUUGCGAAGAAACUAAAAAGGAUUUGCGAGCAAGAGGAGUUAUCGGCAGAAAUGUCGACUUUAUUUUUCUUGGCAGAAUUGACCGAGGGAGAUAUAAGAAAUUGUUUGAACACUUUGCAGGAGGACAUUAAAUAUAAUUUUUACUUUUUAGGAUGCUUUGAAAACUUUCUUAAAUUGAACUUUCAUGAUUCAAAAUACAAACUUUUUCAAAGCAUUGAAUGGAUGAACUUUUAUGAUCAAGUUAACCACCUGAUCAAUUCCCAACAAUUAUUCGAACUAAACGGUUACAACCCUUUCCCUCUUAUAAGCUUUUACCGAUUUUUCGCGGGCAGUAUUCUUCCACGUAUUGAAUACCCAAGGAAGGAUUAUGAGAGUUAUGCUCAAAAACAGACAAAUGAAGAAUUAAUUUCAUCUUUAUUAAACGGAGUUCCAUUACAAUGUCGAAUAAACAUGGACAAAGUAAAGUUCUCAACCGAGAUCAUUUCGCAUUUGAUGAGAAUUAUUCACCUGAGGCUAGAAACGGAACGGGAAAGUAAACUAUCCGCAUUACCGUUGAAUGACAAACUUUCGAGGGUGGUCGAUAUAAUGCUUCACUUUGAUCUGAGGUUUUCUCAAAAAAUGGAAAACGGAAAACUAUUUUUUAAGAUUGAACCGUCAAUAGACAGUCUUGUAUCAUUUUCGAAUAAUUCAUCAAAGAGCAACUUAUUGAAUCAUGAAAAGUCCAAGCAGUUGAUAAUGAAAGAAAUUGAUAUGAAGCUGGAAAAUGCAGCUACCAAAAAACGAAUCCAUUCAAACAAAGAUAGUUUGUACGUGUUUAAGUCUUUCGAUUUAUAUUGA